AUGCAAGAGUUUUUAGCUUGUUUAGAGCUACAAUAUCAACUGAUGGAAGUUGUAGAACAUAAAGAUAAAGUGGCCAUAAAAACUAAAGCAGACCGAAAUAGAUCAUUUUCGUCGGCUGUAACAAUUCCCAAAGGAAACAACAAUUGCAAACUGUGCAAUGUAGACAGGCGCCCACUGUACCAUUGCCGUAAAUUCCUGCAAUUUUCGCCAUCUCAACGAUUGGAUUGGGUGAAAAACCAACAGCUCUGUUUCAACUGUUUCAAAAAUGAUCAUGUGGUAAACAAAUGUUUAUCAAGAAGUUGUACCAAAUGUAAUAGAAAUCAUAACACGUUGCUACAUUUGGAAGUUAACAAUCAAACAGAACAAAAUAUUCAACCUACUUCAAGUGGGUACAAUACUGCAGUUACCACAGCGACAGCAAACACAUCCACAGGUCAUCCUAAUGGAAAUACAAGUGAAGUCCGAGCAUUACUAGACUCUGGUUCGCAAGUGAACAUAGUCUCUGAGCGUCUUGUCAAAAGCCUCAAUAUAUCAAAAUCGUUAUUGUACAUAGAAGGUAUAGGAAAGGUGCAUAAAAAUUCAACGCAGCGAGUUAACAUCAAAUUUCAAUCCCUUAACUCGAGGUUCACCACAGAAGUCGAAGCGUUUGUGCUUUCAAACAUAGUUCCUCCUCAACCAAGUUCCAGCUACGAUAUUUCCAAAUGGAAGGUCCCGAACAGCAUUCAUUUAGCAGAUCCAACAUUCUUCCAACAAGGGAAAAUUGAUAUUUUACUCGGUGCGGAGUUCUAUUUCAGUCUGUUAAAAAAGGGUAAAAUCACGCUUGCUACUGGGGAUCCAGUCUUGCAAAAUUCUACACUUGGCUGGAUUGUCAGUGGCAUGGUUGCUUCAAAUACAGAUACAUCAAAAGUUUUAUGUGCAGUUUUUGGCGGUGGGGUGGAGGCUGUUGAUAAUAAUUCAUCGUUAGAAGAUGCAAUUGAACGAUUAUGGCGAAUGGAUGAGGUGAAUACAACAGAAAGGACAUUAUCCAAAGAAAAAAAAUUUUGCGAAUCUAAUUGUGUUCAGAACGUUCGUACAAAUAAAGAAGGACGUUUUGUGGUAAGGUUGCCGUUUCUGGAAAACUCAUUGACGUUAGGAGAAUCUCAAGAAACAGCUUGGAGAAGGUUUAUCAGUCUUGAACGACGACUAGCAAAAAAUGAUGUGUUUAUGGAAGAGUAUGAGCGAUUGGGUUACAUGACUGAAGUAAACCUGGAUUCCAUGUUGACUCCAACAUAUUUCAUUUCUCAUCAUUGUGUACUAAAACCAGAUAGUACAACUACUAAACUUCGAGUGGUGUUUGACGCAUCAGCUAAAACUACAUCUGGACACUCGUUGAAUGAUUUAAUGUAUAACGGACCGACAGUUCAAAGUGAACUCUUUUCAAUUUCGCUUCGUUUUAGGCGACCACGGUUUGUUCACACAGAUAUCGAGAAAAUGUAUCGUCAAGUUUUGAUAAAUCCUGAAGAUCGGCGCUAUCAACUUCUCAUUUGCAGAAGCAGUCCAAAUUCAACGAUUCGUUAUUAUCAGCUAAACACAAUUACAUAUGGGACUCGAGCAGCUCCUUACCUAGCAACAAGAUGUCUGCAAAAGAUAGCAUUUGAAAAUAAGGUGAAUUAUCCAUUAGGAGCUCAAAUCCUAUGUGACAAUUUCUACGUUGGCGAUGGGUUCGGUGGAUCAGAUAGUUUAAUUACGGCUAUUGAAGCUCAAAGACAACUAAUCCAUAUUUUGAAGAAGCAUCAUUUUUAUCUACGGAAAUGGAGCGCAAACCAUCCUCAACUUUUGAAAAACAUUUCUCAAGAUGAUCAAUAG